UAGCUCAACUAAGCUCAUGGGAGCCAAAUAACAUAGCCAGAGGCGCACCGUAAUAGCCUAAACCCAUCCCCGCUUUUUUCUUUUCCUCAAAAUCCAAAACCUCUCGAACCGAGCCUAAGCUUCUCCAAAACCACUCAAAGUAAGAAAUGAUAUAGACUGGCUAGGCUUGAAUGUUUGAAACAUCUCCGCCGCACCGCCAGCCGUCCAGUUUGACUCCGCCUCUUGCUACUUUACUCCCCCAUCGCCUCCCCUUCGGCCACCACUGUUGCGAUAACCGUUAGACCGACGAGAUCUCCUGUUCCAACCGCAGUCAAAUCAUGUCCAAAUCUCGCGUUUAUGCUGACGUCAAUGUCCUUCGUCCUAAGGAGUACUGGGAUUACGAGUCCCUCGUUGUUCAAUGGGGUGAUCAAGAUGAUUAUGAGGUUGUUCGGAAAGUUGGAAGGGGAAAAUACAGUGAGGUUUUCGAAGGCAUAAAUGUUAAUAACAAUGAACGCUGUAUAAUCAAGAUCCUCAAGCCUGUUAAGAAAAAGAAGAUCAAGAGAGAGAUAAAAAUCCUUCAGAAUUUGUGUGGUGGACCGAAUAUUGUUAAGCUUCUUGAUGUUGUAAGAGAUCAUCACUCCAAAACUCCUAGCUUGAUUUUCGAGCACGUCAACAGUACGGAUUUCAAAGUUCUUUACCCUACUUUGACAGACUAUGAUAUCCGCUACUACAUAUAUGAACUCCUCAAGGCAUUAGAUUACUGUCAUUCACAAGGAAUAAUGCACAGAGAUGUCAAGCCUCACAAUGUCAUGAUAGAUCAUGAGCUGCGCAAACUUCGCUUGAUAGAUUGGGGACUUGCUGAAUUUUACCAUCCUGGCAAAGAGUAUAAUGUCCGUGUGGCUUCUAGGUACUUUAAAGGGCCUGAGCUUCUGGUAGAUUUACAAGACUAUGACUAUUCCUUGGACAUGUGGAGCCUUGGUUGCAUGUUUGCUGGAAUGAUAUUCCGGAAGGAACCAUUCUUCUAUGGCCAUGACAACCAUGAUCAAUUAGUUAAAAUUGCCAAGGUGCUAGGUACUGAUGAGUUAAAUGCUUAUCUCAACAAAUACCAUUUGGAGCUUGAUCCUCAACUUGAUGCUCAAGUUGGAAGGCACAGCCGCAAACCCUGGUCCAAAUUUAUUAAUGCAGAUAAUCAGCAUCUUGUUUCUCCCGAGGCUAUUGAUUUUCUUGAUAAGUUGCUUCGGUACGACCAUCAGGACAGGCUAACUGCUAGAGAGGCUAUGGCCCAUCCUUACUUUGCACAAGUCAGGGCAGCAGAGAGCAGCAGGAUGCGGACUCAGUGACUCAAUUCCCUUGGGAGGAUUUCAUUUGUAAAUCAGAACCAGACUCAUCUGGGGUAAGAGAUUUAAUGUGUUGUUUAAUGUUCUCAAAAAUAUUGUGGCUGCGGUUCUCAAUCUUAGGCAGUUAAAAAGGCUGUGGACGAAACAUAAACUGCUCUUUACUUUUCACUAGCCUCGGUAACUUCGUUUCCGAGUUUAUAUACAUUUAUUUUCAAGAACGAAGUAUUUAUGCUUUAAUUUUACAA